UGGGCGCACAGGUGAUCUUCAGUGUGUCGUUGUGGAUCUGUGAGAUUAUGGGGAAGCUUCAGGAGUUUGAGAUCACAUUUGAUAAAAACAAAGUGGUGUACAGUCCGGGCGAGUCCAUCUCUGGAACCGUGACUAUCAAACUGGGUCAGCCGCUGCAGUGUAAAGCCAUCAAAGUGAACUGCAACGGUUUUUGUGGUAUCACCAACAAGGUCAAUGACACGGCAUGGACUGUGGAGGAACAGUACUUCAACAGUACUGUUGCUGUUGCAGAUAAAGGAACCCUGAAACAGGGAGAACACACUUUUCCCUUCAAGUUUCUCAUACCAGACACUGCUCCGACAUCAUUUGAAGGCAACUAUGGUAGGAUCGUUUACAGAGUGAGAGCUUUUAUUGACACACCACGAUUUGCCAAGGACUACAACACAGAGAAAGCUUUCUACCUGCUCAGGCUUCUAAACCUGAAUGAAGUGCCAGACAUAUGGGGAACCUGUUCAUCUGCUGUGACACAGCAAUUCACCUACAUGCUGAUGAAAACAGGCACAGUGGUCCUGAAGGCCGAAACCGACAUGAAGGGUUACACACCAGGCCAGAUCAUCAAGGUGAUGGCCAAUAUCCACAACCAGUCUGGGAAGAACACAGGCAACAUGGUGGCCAGCCUGAUGCAGAGAGUGACCUAUGAGACGAAGAGGCCCACCCAUGAUGUGAGGACGAUAGCAGAGGUGGAGGGUGGUGUGGUGAAGGCCGGCAAAGAGUUGGAAUGGAAGGAGCAGAUAAUUGUUCCUCCUCUUCCUCAGUCCUCUCUCGCUGGCUGUGAUCUUAUAAAGAUUGAAUAUUAUGUCAAAGUCAGUCUUAAGUCUCCAGAUGUCAUGUUGACAUUACCCAUUCACAUCGGGAACGUCUCUCUGGACAAAAAACUUCACCCUUCCAAAAAAGUAAUCCCUCCUUCCUCUGCUGAAGCUGAAGAUACACCAGCAUCUGCUUCAACCCCGAACACCUCCACCUCCACCACCACUCUGCCACCUCGACCUGCCCCAAAACCCGCCCCACGUCCAACUCCUCGCUCCAGGGUGUCCUCCUAUAACUCCCCCAGUGCUCCUCCAGCUGAGUACCACCAGGGAGCGGAGGGUGGGACUCAGGUGAAUGAUGGCUUCCCCAACAAGCGCCAUUCUCAGCUGGUGUCACCCAAUGCUUUCAGCUACGCACCCGGCCUCUUUUUCUCCCAGAACCAUCAGCAGCACAAUGGGCCCGUCCCUGCACCCGGUGAGCCUCCACUCAGUGGGCCCACAGGGGCCACAGCACCUUACCCCAGUGCAAUUGGUACUAGCUCAGUGCCAACACCACUCAUCCUGCCUCCAGACUACGGCACCUCAGCGUAUCCACAAGAGGAUCCUCCUUCUUAUGAUGAAAGCUGCAACACAUGAAGUGGAUGAAGUAUCAGCAACCUCCAAACAGGAUGAUGAUCAAUUCAGUCUGAUGUAAAACAAAAUGUUGUCUUGCCAUUUUAAAAAGCAGUAACCUGGACAAAAUGAUUGCAUGAGGCAGAGGAAGACUACUGUAACAUGUUAUGAAGAGGUUAUUUAAAGGACAACUUCUGUAUUUUUCAACCUGGGCCCUAUUUCCCCAUGUGUAUGUGUGCGUAUG